AUGAGUUAUGCAAAGACACAGCGCUUUCCUGACGGCCGGAGCAACGUAAUUCACGACCUUGUCCGGGCCCCGAUUCCCGGCUCACGCGGGGCGGUGUCUCUGCCCGAGCUCCGCGCGGCCGCAGGUGAGUCCUGCGCGCGCCCCGCUCUCGCGCCUGCGGGAGGGGCUGGAGCGGAGGCGGAGGACGGGCCGGGGGUGGCGGUGGGGGACGGAGAUCCGGGCCCGACUGCAGCUUCCUCCGGGGGGAGCCGCAUUUCCAGCCACGUCCGCAGCCCUGCCCUCGCGCGCCGAGCCGUUCCCGGCCGUGCCGCCUGGAGGCGCGGAGCCCGCCCGGCUCGCCCAGCCCUGCAGCUCCGGCCGGGGCGGAGGCCGCCGGACCGCGGAGAUGUGGGGCGGGGGCAGGGCGCGGGGAAACAGCAAGAGAUUGACUCCAAAGAUGCUAUUAUUUUGCAUCAGUUUGCAAGACCUAACAAUGGUGUCCCCAGUUUAUCUCCUUUCUGUUUGAAAAUGGAAACUUAUUUAAGGAUGGCUGACUUACCCUAUCAGAACUAUUUUGGUGGAAAGCUCUCUGCUCAAGGGAAAAUGCCUUGGAUUGAAUAUAAUCAUGAAAAAGUUUCUGGGACAGAAUUCAUAAUUGACUUUCUGGAAGAGAAACUUGGAGUGAAUUUAAACAAAAACCUUGGUCCUCAUGAAAGAGCCAUCUCCAGGGCAGUGACUAAGAUGGUGGAGGAGCAUUUCUAUUGGACCUUAGCUUAUUGCCAGUGGGUGGACAAUCUCAAUGAGACCCGGAAGAUGCUCUCUCUUAGUGGUGGCGGUCCCUUCAGUAACCUGCUGAGGUGGGUCGUGUGCCACAUAACGAAAGGAAUCGUGAAACGCGAGAUGCACGGCCACGGCAUUGGCCGCUUCUCAGAGGAAGAGAUUUACAUGCUGAUGGAGAAGGACAUGCGGUCUUUAGCAGGGCUUCUGGGUGAUAAGAAGUACAUCAUGGGGCCCAAGCUUUCCACUCUUGACGCCACCGUCUUUGGACACUUGGCACAGGCAAUGUGGACCUUACCAGGGACGAGGCCUGAGCGACUGAUAAAAGGUGAGCUGAUCAAUCUUGCCAUGUAUUGUGAGAGGAUAAGGAGGAAAUUCUGGCCUGAGUGGCACCAUGAUGAUGACAACACCGUCUAUGAGUCCGAGGAGAGCUGUGAAGACAGCAAAACGCAUACGCCCCUGCUGGAUUUCAGCUCUUACUCAAGGACAGAGACCUUUGAAGAUGAGGGAGCAGAGAACAGUUUUUCCAGAACCCCAGACACGGAUUUCACUGGACACUCGCUCUUUGAUUCUGAUGUGGACUUGGAUGACUACACAGACCAUGAACAGUGCAAGUGACAUUCAGCCCUGCUGACCCUCCUCUGUUGGAGCUGCCAUUCCCUGGGGUCAGUCCAGUUUCCCGGGUAGAAAUCCAUCCGAGCCGGGAGGAGAUCUUCGUGCUUGACACAGUUCUCACAAGCUAACUGGACUAGAGCAGCCUUAUUUCUUUUUUGUACAAACAAGACACAGAACCAUUCCGAUGGCUCCAUUUAAAACAAACAGGCAAAAAAGAAAGUCAGCAUGGUUCCUGAAAUCCACUUUUGUUUUCAUUAGAAAACUAAGAUUGUGUGGUAGAGCAGGUGCAAGAGCAGGUUGUCCACAGAUGGUGUGUACAUCGAUCCCCUGCAACCCGAGGGCUUAGGUGCAAGAUGGAUUCUUGAACAUCCUUCAUCCAGCAGGGUUCAAAGUCAAGAGAGAUGUCAUCAGAAGGAAUGUAGGAGAUAAAUGUUCUAUGGUGGCUGCUUGUAUUUCCUGUGUGUAUAUUGUAUGUUGAGAUAUAAGUCAAAUAAAAUCCAUAGAUAUUCAGUGAACACCUACUAUGUGCAAAGCACUGUGCUAGGUGCUAGCCAGUAUGAGUUUUAUCCUAAGCCCUGCCAGUGGCUAGCUGUGUGAUUCUGGGCAAGUCCCUUAAUUCUUGUGUGCCUCAUUUCCCUCACCUGUAAAGUGGGGGUAACAAUAGUCCCCGCCUACCUACCUCACAGGGGUGUUGUGAGGAUUCAUGUGGUAACAUACAGCGCUUUAAACCUCUCGGAAGAGGUGUGACAUAAACACAUUUUAUUCUUUAAUGUGCUUCGUGUGUGUGGAGAUUGGAGGGCAAAGGAAUUCCACAUCCAGGCAACAGCGGCCACAGUCACUCGCCCAAGCGGAGCCAAUGGAACACACACCAAGGCACAGUUAAGACUCUGUCAUCAUCCUCUUUGUGAUCUUGCUUGAAUCGAAAUCUUUUGUUCAGAGAACCUUGGAAAUGUUUCUACAGAUCAUCAACAGCUACAAACAGUCUUCAAUUCUACUGUACAUUUGCAGAGAAGGCUUUCUUUCGUUGCCUGAACGCACACUGGAACGUUGUCCUUUGUUGAUUCUGGAGUGUUAAGUUGCCUACGUUUGGUUUACUUGGGGGGAAUAAAGCUCAGGAAUAGGAUGGAUUUAAUAGUGGUGAAGGGGAAAGGAUUUGAUUGAUUUUUGUAAGCAGAAGCUCGCCAACUUGUAAUGUCUUUUUUGAAAACAAACCUUGCAAGAUGUAUUGGAAAGAUGAAGUAGGAAGAGGAUCGUUGUAACUGGUAGCAGAGCACUUUGUGCAGUGUAGACCCUAUGCAGUUUUAUCAGCGCAACUUUUCUGGUGUUCUCAGCCAUUGUCCGGUGAGGGGAAGGCAACGCUGAGGAAAUCUUAAUGUUUCUUAAGGACUUUUCCUCCCCUCCCCGUCCUCUCUCUCCCUCCCCAUAGAGCCCCUGAACUCUUGGGGUUACUGUGUUGACUGAGGCACUCCAUCUCUGAAGACAUAGUUUAGGUUGACUUAGAACAUUUUCUAGUGAAAUAUAGGUUGAAGAUCCUAGGGUGAUGGCUGUGGAUUUGGGCUUCUGACCACAACUGACUGGGGAAGGGUUAUUCCUUAUGGGGUUAAAGAGGAACUUCUUAAAAGACAGCGUCUUCUGGUAAGUUCACGUACUUUAUUUGAAAAAGACUCUCUUUGAAUAUGGUUUUGACAAAAUAGUCCUAAAAUGCUGUGGAUUCACAAAGAAGUAAAGGGGGAGAGUUUUUGAGGCUAUUUACCAUUUAAGCAACAGGGUAGGGCAUAUGUAACUGGGAAGAAAUGCUGAAAUACCCUAAGCUAGACAUUUUUAUUCCACAGAAAACUCAGUUGUUAAUAUCUUAUUAAAGCCCUUCAUCUUUUGAGAGGACUAUUCGAUGACUAAUAAGAAUGUGUUGGAGGAUGUAUGAAUGGAUAAGCCUGUUUUGUUUCCAGCAUCAUUUGGACUGUUCGCCUCUCCUCUCUCUAGCUUACUGUGUUCCAAGGCCAGCUGGUGGUAGUUCUGUGUGACAGGGAAACUCCUGGCCUGAAAAUGUGAAUGUAGUGAACAGGUAAACUGUGGACCAAUCUCCACAAGGACUGAGUUCACCUUUCCCCACCCUCAGCUGGAAAGAGUUGUGUUUGAAAUUUUGUCUACAGUUUAUUCUUCCUGUAUAGCACCAAGUGUGCUGUAUCUUCAAGCCAAGAAUGAUUAAGUUAUGAGUAUGUAGAAGUGACAGAUAUUUUUUAUUGUGUGUUACUUGGAGGGCAAGUCCAUGGAGAGCCAACAUUCAAAGUGAAGUUGUAAGACCUUCAUUGAUUCUCUUCAGGAGCCUCCCGCAGGGGCUUGAAUGGACAUUGCUGGAGUCCUGGGUACUCCCUCACAGCUCAUGACUGGGUAUUCAGCAUUUUGUACGGGUAACUUGAUUAGGAACCCUAGAGUAAACCCAGGUUUUACUUUCCCAAAGUUGGUUAUGGAAACAAAAUGACCAAGACAAAACCCACUGUGGAGUGGGUGACUGAUGCACUCUUGAUUGGGAAGGCUUUAAUUUUAUGUGCUUCAUUCUAAAGCUAUCCAGGUUUGAAGUGUUCUCCAAGUUGAAGAACAGGUGCUACUUAUAAGAAAAAUAAGAAAUUAGGGGAUAUUUUGGUCAUCUGGCUUACUUGUUCAAGUUCUGUAUUUCUUUUUUACUGGAAGGUAACUUAAGGAAAUGUGAUCUUUAAUGGUAGUAGAUGCUUUUGGAUGGACAGAAGACCCAUGGGCUACCUGUUCUUUUUUUUUUACCUCUCACUGUAAAAUUAAAUUCUGCCCUUCUCUCCACUUCCCUUUGCCUCACCCCACCCCUGUCUCCACUCAUCAGGAUGAAGGAACAGCAGCAUCACGCUUUGCCCUGCAUAUGCCAAAGUAGAUACAAGGAUGAUUUAAAUUUACGCAGAAGUAAACUAUGUUGUCAGAGGUUCCCAUUUCUUGUUGUAACAUCAUGACUUGUGAAUAGUGACACUACCAAGGCCACAUGCUACCCAGCUGACUGAUCACAGACUUAGAGCAACUGGACUUGAAUCAAAACUGCAGUCUGGUCCUCACGUGAGCCCUGCCUGUGUGCACUGAGGUAUGAGGAUAUGUGUUUGUGGAACAGCUAGGGUUCAAGGAAAGGAAGCGUUAAGGAUUAUAGCCGUGGGGGUCUUACCCAGGUUAUUUGAGAGAAAGUAUAGACUCAUAGAAAUGGAUAGCUGGGCCGUGGAUUCGCUCUAGAAAGCCAUAUUUAUUUGGAGGACAGGCCCGGAACGGAGGUCUUUCACCUUGCCUUUUACAGGUUUCUUCCCAUUACAUCAGCUUGACUUGGAUUCUUUUUAAAACCCACCCCCCCAAGAGGUCACUCCAUGUUCAUAGAACCAGCACGUCCCUAGUCUCUCUCUGACAGUGCUUGGAAUUCUCCACUCUUGUCCCCUGUAUCUCUUCAGCCUGGUCUAGGCCAAUUCAAAGGAUCUUUCUUCGGUAUCUACUCUGUGCAAGGCGCUGCUGGGCUCAGUGAAUGAUACCAAGAGGAUAUCCAAGUCACCAAGACUCUUCAUUCUCGGAUUAUAUCUUUUAAGGAAUCCAUGCCCAUAUGCUCUCUCACUGGAUAUUUACUCACUGGUGAGUUGAUAGCCACCUACCCUGUGCCUGGCCCUGGGAUCCACACUGGAUAUAGAGUGGUGAACAGAACAGACAUGGCACCCUGGUUUUAGGGUAUUCUCUUUUACCUAAGCUUCUGUGUUAACCUCUUUUACGUGCUUAGCCACGUCCCUGAUCCAUUCCACUCAUCACCACUAGAUUAAUAUUUCUAAAAAGCUCUAAUAGGGCACUGUAUUGCUCCAGGCUGAGGUAUUCCUUAGCGCCUGGUGUUCUCACCUCUUCACCUUGUUUCCUGGGGCUCCUCCACAUGGUCUGUCCAGUGCAUCCACGCUGGUCCAUUUGCCAUUGCCUAGACAUGCCUCACGUGCCUGCGCUGUGCCUGUGCUCAUGCCAGCCCUCUCCUGAAAUGCCUGCCCUUCCUUUCCACUGGCGCAAGUCGUAUGCACCUCGCGAGGCCCAACUUCGUCAGUUCUGCAGGAAGAGGUCUCAGCUCAUUAUAAUCUCCCCUUCCUCUAGAAACACAGCUCCCAUCAUUUCCUUCCCUGAAGGCUGCAUGGGAAAGGUAUGCCCAGAAAGUGGGCCAUACACUAGAAAGUAAUGGUUUUUAAGUUUUUUGUCUCCAUUGAUAAUCUAAUUCAAGUCCUAUGCUCUAGUCCAAGAAAAAUACGUAUAUGCAGAUAUAUGAAAUUUUACAUGUAAGUUCAGGAGAUUUUGAGACAUCUUGACAUUAUCCUUGGAUUCCUUAGGGGGUUCAUGGACUGCAGGUGAAGAAGCCUUCUUCUAAAGAGUCUUUAAAAGUCACUGUUGUUAGUGUUUGUUCUUGCUUGCUUUUAUCACAGCCAGACAGGAGACAAAUUGGAAUGGGAUGUGCAAGCAAAAGUGGUCUCCGUCAUUAUCCCCGCGGAGAGUGUGCUGAGUGACAGGGGAGGAGGGUAAGGCCUCUCACAUUAGUUGAGAAAAUAUCUUUGUUUUGACAAGUGUGGCAUUUUGAAAGUGACAGGGUUUCGUUGUCAUCGUCAUUGUCAUCUCCCUUCUGACCACCCCAAAAGUUGAUUUCGCAAAAUCAGUUCAGGGCCAGGGGAGCUUCCCUUCAGCCCUGAAACCCACCACUUCUGCAUGGGUAGGCUGGCCGACCUGGGCUUAAGGUGGGAGAGAAGACGCUGGAUUUUCCUUACAGGAAAAAGUUCUACACAAUCAGGUUUUUCUGCAUUAAUUAAGCAAUUAAUUAAUUCAUAGAACAGUUGAGUGUAUUUUCAAUAAAAGGAUGGUGCCUUUUGUUGAUAGGGAACAACUCAGGUUCUUCCUCUUCUUCUUUUCCUUCCUCUUCUCCUUUCUCCUCCCCCUCGCCCCCCCUUCUUCCUUUUUGUUUUCAGGGCGAAGCUCCUUUCGUGUGACCCAGGAUCCUUUGUUCUCCUUUAUAUGUAGUGCUGUUUAAGAUGAACACAGACUGAUGAAAGUACAUUCAAUGACAAAUAUUUCUUGAGUCUAAAUGCUGAACUCUGGCAACCCAUUUCUAACAGGUCCGGGGUCGAUGGCUUGACCUUCCUUCACUUGCUUCUGGUGGUCUGGAUGCAACCUGCAAAGCUCAAAAGGACCCCUUGGUGGGUGGGACCCCUCAUCUGGCCUGCAGAACCCUUGCUAGUGCCAGGAAUAAAUGCAAAUGGAUGUGAGGCUUUCCUCAUUUAAAUUUCUUACCAGAAAUUUAGGUUUUUAUUCCCUGACUUUAAAGAAUAUCUUAAAGAUAUUUAAGAUUCUUUAGUCUUUAAGAUAACUGGAACCAGCAACAAACACAUUGGCCUUGCGCCUUUGAGAAGGUUACAGAGAAUAUGAAAAAUAGCGUAAAAGGAAGCUACUCACUGUUUUGGGGCUAACAGUGUGACCGUCUCAACCAUUCUGGCUCUUGCCAAAGCAGGGAACUUGCCCCCAGACCAAAGCUUCUCUGAAGCUUCUCCUGCUGGCUAGACCAGUAAGAUGGUCUCAGUGUUCAAGAGGAUUAUUGCCCCUAAUUGUCAAAUUUGUAGACAGUAAAGGGGACCAUUGCAAUAAUAAGACAACUUAUGAAUGUGGUCCAGCCAGCACCAACACUCUUGAGUAUUUCCGUGUGGAAACAAGUUAUCUAGAGCAAAAGAUUGGUACAGUACUUUUGGUGUUCCGUACACAAAUAAUUUCAGCAAUUAACUUGAUGGCCUUCUUGAAUAUUUUUCAAUUGCUGUUAUCCCUAAUUACAGCUUUAAAUAUUUUGAAACAAUUCACUAUAGAGCAAUAUAUAUUUAUGAUGAUAUUUCAUUUUAUGAAAAGUAGUAUUACUAAAUGUGACCAAUUCACCUCCUUCCCCCCACCCAUUGGCAAGCAUCCCCCCCCACCCCCCCGCUUUUUUUUCUGUUUUACUUUUAGCUCUAGAAUAGAGUAACUUUUAUUUAUCAGUAAAAUUUAAACCUUCUUUAGCAUUAAAAAAAAAAAGUUACCCCAUGGCUUUAAAAACAAUAGGAUUUAGCUCCUGAAUUGUCAGGUUAAUCAGCAGUGGCUAAACAGAUAGCAGAGGGAAUGUGAUAUAAUUGGAGGCUAGAAAAGAGUAAUGCUUUGGGUAUUUACUAUCUCCCUCCCUUAAAAAAAUACAGCAAUCUAUGGACUUUUCUCUUUAAUAGUUGUUCAGAAUUGGAAGUGUUCCCUCAUAUUUGCUUCU